GCCUCCGUUGCCCCAAGACAGGUCCAGACACCCAUGACGUCUCCUCUUGCCGUCCGACGAAACAUGAACGACUUCUUGGAGAGGGCAUUCGUCAUUCCUCCGGAAAUUGCAAGAAUGGUAAUGGCUCACUUGGAUUUUGAAGACGGCUUCUGGUGGACCGACGAUCUUGCCAGCCUUCCGCCACACAACCCGGCCCAAGCUUCCUUCCGCAAAGAUGUCGUCGACAGACCACCACCAGUACUUAACGUGCUUGCAGCAAGCUGGAACAUGAGCGAUACCAUGUACAGCUUUUGGCAGCUCCUCAAGCUGAGCGGCGUGCUCUCGGGAAAUCGGGAUUUUGAACUCGCCCAGUAUCCGGUUCUGUAUCGCGCCAAGCUCUUGCUGCGAGAAACACUCUUCUACGACCUCCAACAACCCGAUCCCGCCAUCCAUGGCGAGCCCAGCAGCUCCACCUCCCAUGUCAUCUUCGACGAGGCCGACUCGUAUGGGCGCUUCCGUGUGCUUUACCCUUGCAUGGUCCAGUUUCUACAGUCGUUCGACGAACAGAUGGCACGGCCCAGUCCGCUCAAUCCCAAGCACUGGUUGGCUGCGUUCUUCGCGCUCUGCAUUUUCAGCAUUGUGAAGACGAUCCUGGUCGACAGGGCAGCGCACACCCGCUUCACCUCGCCGCCUCACUCGGGGAUAGCAGCCAUGCACGCCAUCUAUAAGGCGCUCGUCUGUGUUUUCGCCUGGGCCACUCCCAUGCUGCUGGAUGCCCAAGAUGUGGACGUGAGCCACGAUGACCGAGAACUGCUGCUCUCAGUUGGAGUGUUUUUGGGCAGGAGUUCGUGGCCGCAACGCGGUAUCCACUCGACCAAGGAUUUUCUCCUCCUUCUCGGGAGCAGAGAGAUUGACGGAGGCCUUUACCACGGGUUUAUCAAGCAACGAUCUCCUGCUAGGCAAGGGUCGUUCGUGCUCCCUCCGAUCACUAAACCGGAAGAAGCUCGAAAGCCUCUCCCGGAUAUGCGCCCUCUCAUCACUACCUGGGCACCUGGGAUCCAAGGCCAGCCGGACCGGGAUAUUUACGUCUUCAAAGGCGAACCCGACCGGAUGCUCACGUCCCCCCAAACUAUGGAUCCCGGGCGACGGCAUACCGUUGCGGAGAGCCCGACGUUCGUACGGCACUCUGGCAGGGUAGUAACGUCGCCAGUCGCUACUCCCAGAAUUCGCCCCUCGUACCAGCGGCCUCCGCUGAGAAGAGUCUAUUGCACAAAGUGCAACGAGUACCCGGAAGGCUUUCGGGGCGAGCACGAGUUGAGGAGACAUAACGAUGCCAAGCAUGCUGCUCUGGUUAAGAGAUGGGUUUGCACACAACCCCCGGAGUCCUCUGGUUCACCCCAGCCCGUGAUUCCCCUCGCCAAAUGCAAGGCAUGCGUCACGCAAAAGCGCUACGGCGCUUACUACAACGCUGCCGCUCAUCUCAGGAGAGCUCAUUUCAACCCUCAUCGUGGCGGCAAGGCGAGUGGAGACUGGCCGCCCAUGUCGAUUCUCAAGGACUGGAUGCGCGAGGUCCGGCAGUCGAUCGAUGUGCAAGACCAAGAUGACGGGUCGAGCGGCGACGAAGAAGCACAUGACUAUAAAACAGUCCACGACUACAUCUCUCCGCCCCGCCAACGCUCGCCGGUCGUGGAUGCACCGCGUCUCGCACCCGCGCCUCACGCACCUCCUCAGGCCCACGGCCCGCCGUUAUUGGCACCCUCUCUCGACCGCGUCAAUCCCGUCGGCCCUCCUCCCAUUAUCAUCCAGAGCAGCCAGAACGCCUUCCUGACACCGACGCAGACCCUUAAGAGCGACGACCAGCCACACGCAUCGGCCUCCUCGUCCUCAGCGGUUCGAACCAGAUGCCCUCAUCCGGAUUGCGGCCGCGUCUUCAAAGACCUGCAGGCGCACAUGCUCACGCACAUGGAAGAACGGCCGGAGAAAUGUCCAAUUGAGACUUGCGAGUACCACGUCAAGGGGUUCGCCCGUAAAUAUGACAAGAACCGGCACGCCUUGACGCAUUACAAGGGAACCAUGGUGUGCCCGUUUUGCCCCGGUGCCGGCACACCCUACGAGAAGGCAUUCAACCGUGCGGAUGUGUUCAAACGUCACCUGACGGCGGUGCAUAACGUUGAACAAACGCCGCCCAACAGCAGGAAGCUGAUUCUGACUGCAGGCCCCGGGCGAGCCGGCGGGCUGGGCGCCAAGUGCAGCAUCUGCCAGAGCCAGUUUGCCACGGCGCAGGAGUUCUACGAGCAUCUAGAUGACUGCGUGCUAAACGUUAUCGUUCCAUCGACGCCCAAGACUGCCGGCAGCGGAAGUGGCAGCGCUACGGCGAGGAAAGAUUCGUCGGCGAGGACGUCGACGACGGCGAGCACGGACAAGGGCAAGGAGCUUGAGGUGGAAGUGGAGGCACAGAGUUCUCGAGAGCCUACACAACCGCAGGCUGAGCAGCGCGAUAUCAGCAUGGACACUGGGCCUACAACGGAUCGCGUGCCCAGUGCAAGCCAUGGAGAGGGUCCGGAUCACAAAGCAACCCCCGUUGAGCCAAAGGAGCCAGUGCACAGCGAUCGGCAGGAGCAACAACCUGAAGAGCAACACGUCGAGUCGCAAACCCACCCUCGCUCGUCUCAAACGCCACCGUCUGCCUCGUUAAGUCCCCGCGUGCGCGAACAGGAGUCGCAACCGCAGCCGGAGCCUGAAGCGAAACCCGAGAUCCAGGUCGCGAUCCCUUCCAGGGAGGAGCCGAUGGAGGUCGAAAAGGCCGAUUCCGCGAGCGCGAGCCAGUCACAGCAGUCUGAGCAGCCGCCGCCAAGCAUCAACGCUGUCGAGGCGAAACGCCCGAUGUUGCGGCCGGAGGUGACCCUCGGUUCGCCAGCGCCGGACAACAUGGACACAGACUAGCCACGGGGCCGGGUGGGCGCAAAUCAGCAGAACCAGGUUUGCUGGUCUGCCGCCAUCAUCCCGGAUUCGUCCUCUUGUCGACGAUUUUUCUCUUUUCGAGAGAUGUACAUAUUCUAUCAUAUAUCCUUUGAUCGGUCACGCAUUCACCUGCCCGCCUGGGAAUCCAUGACAAUGUGGUUCCAUUCUACCAUGCCACUUUUUUUUUCUUCCCUCCCCC